AUGGCAUCCCACCUCCCCCCUCGCCUCCCCCGCUCCCUCUUCCUCCAAUACAUCUCCCACUUCAACACGCGCUCCUACGCCCUCCAACACGCCUUCUACUCCCCCACCAUCACCAUGACCCUCCCGGACCCCCUCGUCCCGACUUUGCACGGCCCCGAGGAAAUCUCGCGGCAUUACGCCCAGGUGCACUCCGUCGCGGAGGAGACGGUCGUGCCGGUGAAGGUGCUGUGUGAGGGGGAAGGGGUGUUUUUGGAGAUGGAGGUUUUUUUUCGGUACAUCGUCGACACGGACCAGGGCGUUCAUGGGAGGACGGCGAGGGAAGGGGAUGUGUUUAAAGUGGUUGUUUGGGCGGUUUAUGAUAUUGAUGCCGUGGGGAAGAUGAGGAGGAUUCGGUGUAGUCUUUGGGAUGAGAGGAUGUUGGGGCAGGUGGAUGUGGGGGAGUGUGUGAGGGAGGCGAGGGGGAGGGCGAUGGGGGAUUUGAGGGGGGAGUCGUAG